AUGGGUUUCUGUGAGUCGCAAGCCAGGAAGGCACUUGCAGAAUGUGUGUGGGAGGCUCGUCUGACCGUGGAGGAUGUGAACAGGGCCAUCGACCUCCUCGUGUCACGAGGGGCCGCAGCAUUGGCAAAGCCCGCGCUUCCCAAGGCAGGGGCGAAGGAGAGCAGUGGAAGCAGUGAUCACACCGAAGUUGUGUCCAACAAGGGCAUAGACUUGGACAACUCUAGCACUGCUUCCGGGGUCUCAACGCCGAGAUGCUGCGCGAGCUCAGUCGCGCCGGAGUCUGGUCACGGGGAGCUGAAAGACGAUGAAGAAAGGAACAAGAGGUCAAUUCGACGAGUUUGCAGAAAAGUGACGUCGCAAGACGCCCAGCAGCUCAGUGCCGAUCCCGGGGAGUUCGUUCGUGUCUGGCCCUUCUAUGAGACGGAGUUGGGAUGGAUCUAUGCCGAGGAUCCUACGGAUGCGUCUAGGGCCGGGUGGUUGCCAACUGCGAUCCUCGAGAGCAUCGAAGCUGGCCAUGAGUGGGUCUAUGUACAGAAGGCAAUGCCUGCCCUUCACGCGAAUCAGCUGGGGGUCGAAGAGGGCGAGAUCCUGAAGAUCAACCUCGCUUCUCGUACGCCUGAGGGAUGGGUUUAUGCACAGAAGGAGAAGACGGAGGCUGGAAAAGUUUCUGGAUGGGUUCCAGUCUGUAGUUUUGUGUGGAAUAAUCCACAGUAA